AUGAAAACUUUCCUGAAGUCACAGAUUCUCAGAUCGUUCUGGAUCCUUCGGCUGCCUCGUCGAUUAUUUCACAGGCACCACAGGUUCCUCAGCUCUCCCAUUUUUGCUCACUAUGAAGCUGGAAGCCGUGGAGAGCAGCCACUACCUGAGUAUUUUAACUUUGCAAGUGAUGUACUGGAUAAAUGGUCACAGAUUGAAAAGGAUGGAAAGAGACCUCUCAACCCAGCGCUAUGGUGGAUAAACGGAAGAGGGGGUGAAUUGAGGUGGAGCUUCGAGGAGCUGGGAGUCCUAUCCAGGAAAGUGGCCAAUAUACUCUCGGACCAGUGUGGACUACACAAAGGAGACAGGGUUUUGUCCAUUCUGCCCCGAAUCCCGGAAUGGUGGUUGGUGACUGUGGCUUGCGUCAGGACAGGAAUCAUCCUGAUCCCUGGAACGUCCCAGUUAACAGCUAAAGACAUUCAGUACAGACUUGAGGUGUCAAAGGCCAAGAGUAUCAUCACCACAGAGGCUUUAGCACCUGUGGUGGACUCAGUGGCAGCCAAGUGUAACUCCCUGCAAACCAAACUGCUAGUAUCUGAAGGCAAGAGGGAUGGAUGGCUGAACUUCAAUGAACUGUGCACAGAGGCUUCCGCCAACCAUGCUUGCGUGAAAACAACGUUUCAUGAUCCGAUGAUCAUUUACUUCACUAGUGGAACUACGGGGCCUCCAAAGAUGGUCGAGCAUUCCCAAGGGAGUUUUGGUUUUCGACCCAUCGCCCACAAAAGAUACUGGCUGCAUUUGAACUCUUCGGACAUUAUGUGGUGCACCGCAGAUACAGGAUGGGUGCUGGCUGCCCUGGGAUCUGUGUUUGAUCCGUGGGUUUUUGGUUCCUGCGUCUUCAUACAUAACCUGUCACAAGUAGAAUCAACAGCUAUCCUUAAUACUCUGUCCCGGUUUCCUGUCACUACCAUGCUGGGCGCUCCAACCUUGUACCGCAUGUUGGUACAGAACAAUGUCACCAGUUAUAAGUUCAUGAAUCUGCAGUACUGCAUAAGUGGAGGGGAACCGCUCAACCCUGAAGUGAUGGAGCUGUGGAAGAACAUGACAGGACUGAAUAUCCAUGAAGUCUAUGGACAGACAGAAACGGGUGCAGUUUGUGGAGUUCAAAAGGGGAUGAAAAUUAAGCCCGGUUCCAUGGGAAAGGCAUGUGCACCUUAUGAAAUCCAGAUUCUAGAUGAAGAAGCAAAUGUUCUGCCGCCUGGGAGAGAAGGAGAGAUAGGCAUCAGAGUGAAGCCACAAAGACCUCUUGGUUUUUUCUCUCGCUAUGUCGACAACCCAGAGAAAACAGCUGGAACAGAACGAGGGUUUUUUUAUGUGACGGGAGACAGAGGGCUGAUGGAUAAUGAAGGAUACUUCUGGUUUAUUGGCAGAGCUGAUGAUAUCAUCAAUUCUUCAGGGUACCGUAUUGGACCAUUUGAAGUCGAAAGUGCUCUUUUAGAGCACCCAGCAGUAGCAGAAGCUGCUGCUGUGAGCAGUCCAGACCUGCUCAGAGGAGAGGUGGUGAAAGCAUUUGUGGUCUUGUCUCCAGGCUACACAUUGCAAGACAAGGAAAAAUUAACUCUUGAGUUGCAAGACCAUGUCAAGAAAGUUACUGCUCCAUACAAAUAUCCAAGGAAGAUGGAAUUUGUCCAGCAGCUGCCGAAGACUAUCACAGGGAAAAUCAGACGGAAUGCAUUACGGAACAAAGAAUGGGGCCGAGUCUAA